CCGGACGACCCCGACUGCCAGCGGUGCUGCCGAGACGAAUGCUCGGCGUCUGCGCUCCUGUUUUACUGCGCUGAACCGGGCGAACGCGGAUCGAGUUCGUAGCCGGUCCGUCGGCGCGACAGCCCGCUCGAGCUCCGGGCGGACGCGGGAAUGGAGCGGAGCGAGGGGGGCGAGAAUGAGAGCGGCUCGUCCCAACAAAACACGAUGUGGAAACAGUUUCAAGCCAAAGCCAAGCCGCUGCUCAGCCCCAAGCUGGGCGCCAGAGACCCCGAGGACAAGAAGGAGCGAGGGGCGUGGGUGUUCAGGAAGAUGAAGCGGAGGGAAAAUCUCGUCCUGGACCGGGUGAUCUCCUCCUCGCAGCCCGACCUGCUCUUCUCCUCUCGGGUGGACGUUGAAACGAAGGAGGCUCAGCUCUGCGGCAAAGCGGCGGGGAGCGGCUCCGGACUCGACCGGCACAAGCUGCCGUCGUCCUCCAAGCACGGGUCCGCCAGCCCCAGUAAGCCCACGGUGGCUCAACUGGUGCAGUCCCAUCACAAGAGCUCCUCUCUGGGGUCUGCGUGCCUGGAGCGGCUGGCCGAGCCACCGGCCGGCGGCGGCGGCGAAGCGGCAGCAGCUGCCGCAGCGGCAGCAGCAGAGACGCAGCCGGAGACCAAGGAUGAGCAGCCGGGUAUGGCUGCUCCGUGCUCCUCGGGGGGCCCUCCCGAGCGAGCCGCCACCAGCUCAGGGAUGUACAAGCUGGAGAUCGAACUCAAGAGAGGCCACAACCUGGCCGUACGAGACAGAGGAGGCAGCAGUGAUCCAUAUGUCAAGUUCAAACUCGCCGGUAAAGAGGUGUUCAGAAGCAAAACCAUCCACAAAAACCUCAACCCGGUGUGGGAUGAGAAGACGACUAUAAUAAUGGAGAGUCUGAGUGAACCUUUGUAUGUCAAGGUGUUUGACUAUGACUUUGGCCUUCAAGAUGACUUCAUGGGUUCUGCUUACCUCUACCUGGAGUCUCUGGAGCAGCAGAGGACGAUACCUGUAACUCUGGUGCUGAAGGACCCGCAGCACCCGGAGCAGGACCUGGGCUCCCUGGAGCUGGCCGUCACCCUGAGGCCUAAAGACAGUCCCAUAGAGGAACAACGAGACUCGACGAAGUUACAGAGCAGACUGAUGAUUCAUCUGGAGUCAUGUUUGUGUCACCUGAUGAAUCAGCAGCAGUCGAUGCGUCUCUCGGAGCUGCAUCGGAAAUCCCAGCUCUGGCGAGGGAUCGUCAGCAUCGCGUUGAUCGAAGGUCGAAAACUGAUUCCCAUGGACCCCAACGGUCUGAGUGACCCGUACGUCAAGUUCAGACUGGGACACCAGAAGUACAGGAGCAAGACUGUGCCAAAGACCCUGAGUCCACAGUGGAGGGAGCAGUUUGACCUGCAUCUGUACGAGGAGACAGGAGGAGUGUUGGAGAUCACGGUGUGGGACAGAGACACCGGGAGGAGAGACGACUUCAUCGGACGCUGCCAGUUGGACCUCUCCGCCCUGGCUAAAGAGCACACCCAUCACCUGGAGCUGCCGCUGGAGGAGUCCCGGGGCUACGUGGUGCUGCUGGUCACGCUGACCGCCUCGGCCCACGUGUCCAUCGCCGACCUGUCCAUCACACCGCUGGACGACCCACAGGAGCGCAGGGAGAUAUUCAAACGAUACGGUGUGCUGAAGUCGUUCUCUAACCUCAGAGAUGUGGGCAUAGUGCAGGUCAAGGUGAUGAGAGCGGAAGGACUCAUGGCUGCAGACGUAACUGGUAAGAGUGAUCCUUUCUGUGUGCUGGAGCUGAAUAAUGACAGACUUCAGACACAUACUGUUUACAAGAACCUCAAUCCAGAGUGGAACAAAGUCUUCACCUUUAACGUGAAAGACAUUCACUCGGUGUUGGAGGUGACGGUGUUCGACGAGGACAGAGACAGGAGCGCUGACUUCCUGGGAAAAGUUGCCAUCCCCUUAUUGCAUAUCCAUAACGGUGAGCAGAAGAGGUACGUGUUGAAAAAUAAGGAGCUGACAGGUCCGACCAAAGGAGUCAUCUACCUAGAGUUUGAUGUCAUCUACAACACUGUCAAAGCCGCUCUGAGGACUGUGGUCCCUGCAGAGCAGAAAUACAUCGAGGAAGAACCGAAAGUCUCCAAACAUCUGCUCCAGCAGAAUUUUAACCGUGUGAAGCGGUGCAUCAUGGUCCUGAUCAGUUAUGGGACUUACGUCAACAGCUGCUUUGAAUGGGAGUCUGCACAGCGGAGCAUCAUCUCCUUUGUGCUGUUUGUGGUGGUGGUGUGGAAUUUUGAGCUCUACAUGCUGCCGCUGGCGUUGCUGCUGCUGCUGGUCUGGAACUACAUCUUCGCCUCAAGCAGGGAAACUGCUGACAUGUCAAUGGAGGCCAUGUUUGAAUGGGAGGAUGAAGAGGAGGAUAAAGAGGACAAGGACUCAGAGCCCAAGGGCUUCAUGGAUAAACUGUAUGCCAUCCAGGACGUGUUCAUCAGUGUACAGAAUGCUCUGGACGAGGUGGCGUCGUACGGCGAGAGGAUAAAGAACACCGUUAACUGGACAGUGCCUUUUCUAAGCUGGCUGGCGAUCACCGCCUUAUGUUUGGCCACAGUUCUUCUCUACCUCAUACCUCUUCGGUACAUUGUGCUCGCAUGGGGUGUGAAUAAGUUCACCAAGAAGCUUCGUGAUCCGUACAUGAUUGACAACAAUGAGCUUCUUGACUUUCUAUCCAGAGUGCCCUCUGAUGUUCAAGUGAUGCAGUAUCAUGAGCUGAAGGUCGACCCCGGACAAAGCCCAAACAAACGCAGGAGGACCAACCUGAGCUAGCUGCUCUGCCACGGCUGUCGUCAGUCCUCCUCUGUGCUGGAACUCACCCCUGUAAACAUUUGACCUGUAAACAAUGUAAACUAUGUUAUUUAUAUAUUUCUUGUAUAUUUUGAUGAUUAUAAAAAGUGUUGGGUUGUUUUUUUGUUUUUGUUUUUGUUUGCUUUGUUACCAUGGAAAGACAGAUUUUUUUUAUAUAUAAAGAAAAAGCUUUUUAGAAAAAAAAGCUGUUCAUGUUUUUUAAUACAUUUUAUUUCCUUUAACAAAACACAGUGUAAACCUGAACGUACGUGUGGUAAUAAUGUAUGUUACAAACGUACAUGUGUAUGUUACGAAGAAGACGCAUGUCUGAAGGUGUGUUACUGCUGCAUGGAAUCGCUGCAUCUCUGGUUGAAGUUUUUUAAUUUUUUGUUUCUUGUGUUUUGCACUCAAUGUAUUGUCAGUAUCUAAUGUUAUUUUAAAGAUAGAGCUGCAUGUUAUUACUGCCACUGUUAUUCCAUGUAUGAAAGAAUAUAAAAGUAGACACUCA